GUGAUGCUAUUGGAAGAGCUGACGGAGGGUUCAUUCGUUGGUUCUUGUUCCCGUCUCGUUUCGUCCUAUAAAUAAUACCCGGUAGUUUCCCGGUUCAUAUCCAUCACCACACGAAGCUUGAUCGACCGCGGCUUUCCAGUUUCCCCCUAGAGAUUAAACAGGCAGCUAGCUGAUCAUCAACGCCCGGAGACCCGCGGCGAUGGCUGAGGAGAAGAAGCACCACCACCACCUGUUCCACCGCCACAAGGACGGCGAGGAGGAGGGGGGCGCCGCCGCCGGCGAGGUGGACUACGAGAAGAAGGAGAAGAACCACAAGCACCUGGAGCAGCUCGGCGGGCUCGGCGCCAUCGCCGCCGGCGCAUACGCCAUUCACGAGAAGCACAAGGCGAAGAAGGACCCCGAGAACGCGCACGGGCACAAGGUGAAGGAGGAGGUGGCGGCGGUGGCGGCGCUGGGCGCGGCCGGGUUCGCGUUCCACGAGCACCACCAGAAGAAGGACGCCAAGAAGCACGCUGCUGGCGACAACUGAUGACGAUGGGGCCGAGAGCCUCUGCUCUUGUGCUUCGUGAUUGCGAGAUUAUUGUUGUUUCGCCGUAGUUCUUCUCCUCCCGCCUUUUGCUCCAUCGAUCCGUACAUGUACCAUGCGUAUCCGUAAAAUAAUUGUGCUUGUGCGUGCGUGUCAGCUUGCUCCUCGCAGCAGCUAGCUCCGAUCCAUGCUUGUGUAAUACGAUACAGUAUUUUUUUUUCCCGACGAAUGCUCGUGUAAUAUAUGAAUACCACCACACUAAUACACGCAUCGUUCUUACUGCU